AUGCUCAGGCUUGGUGAGACCUUGAUCUCCCAGUGCGCAAAAGCUGGUCAGUGGGAGCUGGUUGAGGUGCUCGUCGAAAAUGGCGUGCCCCUGCCAGACCUCAGCCGCGAGUUUAGCCAGGUUUGUGGCCCAUCGGUGCCCUGUCAAAGGCAAUGGCACAAAGACUGGCGGCAGGCACUAGGCACGCAGGGCCCAACACCAAUUCUCGAGCUAGCAGCAGCCAGCAAGGAUGGACCCAGAGUUCUGGAGGGUCUGUCGAGGCUGCAGCGGGUAUUCGCCUUACACGUUUUGCUGCACUUGGAAAGAUGGUCACCUUGUCCGUUGUUGGCAUUGGCCCAGGCAUCAGACAAGCAUGGAGAGAAAGGCUGCACGGGGCCUCUCCGCCUGCCGGACUUGCUGGGAGGCCUUGGAGGGCGCCCUCAGCCGCUGCUUCUCCGCGCAGCGGAGGCGAAGCGCUGGAACGUGGUGCACGUUCUCCUGGCGAGCUCAGUGCCUGUGGCUGCCGCGACGCUGCUGUCUUCGCCGCAUGCGGCGACUUGCCCGACGGCCCUGGUUCACCUUGCCGAAGAAAGGGCUCUGGAGGAGGCUUCCCCUCUCUCUGCUGCGACUGGCAGUCCAGAGGAAGAUCAGCUUGCCCUCUUCUUCCGGCGUCGGCAUGCGAGUGUAGUUCUUCUGAACGAGAAGGUGCCGGGAUACCAGUCGCAAGCUUCAGGCUCAGGUGGCAUUUACUUGGAGAAGGCAGAUGGACAAAUCCGUGUAUGGCAUGAACUGCUGCACAUUGGGAUGUCGGGAGGGCAGAGCCAGUCCUCUGAAGUGGCCUUCGUGAAGCUGCAAGAUGGUGAGUGGGAAGAGCUCCUUUCAAUCGAGAAGGCAGCUCUGUCGCUGAGCCUCUCCAGCCGGACGGCAGCCAAAACGCCUGAUGCCAAGGUGGGCGCCUGCUGGCUGGCAGUGUUGUGCCCCGCGAGCUACCUUCAGGCUUCGAAAGAGGGUCUUCUGCUGGUGCCACCUCAACGGAUCCCCACCCCUUGCUGCGUGCAGAGCGUCAAGCUGUGUGUUAGCACACAGUCUGCAUGCUGCAAAGAGCCAAUGAAGGAUGUGCCAGUCUACCUGGAUGGGCAGUGCAUCGGGAGAAGCAACGAAGACGGAUUGGUCGAAGUCUUCGCCAAGCCCGGCCGUCGCACGCUCCAGUCACCGUGUGCCGGGGCUGAAGCAGUGGAGGUCACGCUGACAGGUGAAGGUAAACCAGGUAAACACGAUGAGCAGCACGUCGUGCUGCUUUGCGGUGGGAGUGUUUACUUCUUUCUGCAGGCUCAAGACUCAAGUUCAGAAUGGAAGUUGAAGAUGACCACCGAUCUGAAGCAGAUUCCGUCGGAUGCCUCGGACUUUCGGGGCAAGGUCUGCUUCGACGAUGAUCAUCCCUUCCAGGUCAUCCGAUCCUGCUUCCAUCCGCUCAUCGUGCCUGGCGGAGAGCCAUGUCCCGCACUGUUUCACUCCUUGCGUCCAGAGGCGCUCAGCGGCGCGAGGUUCGAGUUCAGCGAGGAGGGGCGAUCCCGGCUCGCGGGUGACAAGUGCAAG